AUGGAUAGCAGCUAUGUCCAGGGUCUGCACGAUCUCCUCGUGCAGUCCACCGCAAACAAUACUCUCCAGCUGAAGGCCGCAACGGCCCAGCUCAACAAGGAGUACUACAAAAACCCGGCAUGCAUUCCAGCCCUUACGACUAUUCUCACCAUGUCUCUCGAGGCACCUGUUCGGCAACUCGCCGCAGUCGAGCUGAGGAAACGCGUCUACGCCCGUAGCGGCGAUAUGUGGCUACAGGUCAACCAGGCCGACCGCGACGCCAUCAAGGCCAACCUCCCCUCGUUCAUCCUCAACGAGUCCCAAAAACUUGUUCGCCACUCUGCCGCACGAGUCAUUGCCGCGAUCGCCGGUAUCGAGAUGGAACACAACACCUGGCCGACGCUGUUGCCCUGGAUCCAGGAAACUUGCUUGUCCACCGCCGUCGCCCACCGCGAGAUCGGCGUCUUUGUUCUCUUCUCGGUCAUUGAGUCCAUCAUGGAUACCUCGACCUCCACUAUUCCCCAAUUCCUGCAGUUGUUUGAAAAGCUUCUCCAGGAUCCGGAGAGCAACGACGUCCGUGUGACCGCAGUUAGGGCACUGGGCACAGUCGGCCAGUACAUUGAUUCGGAUGAGAAGACGGAGAUCCGCGCGUUCCAGGCCGUCAUGCCCCAUAUGUUGAAUGUCAUCCAGCAGACUGUGGCACUCGGCGACACCGAAGGCGCGAAGCACGUCUUCGACGUCUUCGAGACUCUGCUCAUCCUUGAGACGCCCUUGUUGAGCGCCAGCGUCCCGCAGCUCGUGCAAUACCUUCUUCAGACUGGCGCCGACCGCAACGUCGACGAUGACCUCCGCAUCCAAGCUCUCAACGCGCUCACAUGGACUGUGCAGUACAAGAAGUCGAAGAUCCAGAGCAAUAACCUUGCCGGUGCGAUCAUCGAGGGGCUCAUGCCCAUCACCGCAGAGCCGGAGGUUGAGGACAUUGAUGAAGACGCGCCUUCUCGCUCCGCUCUCCGUAUCAUCGACGCCCUUGCCACUAACUUGCCGCCGACCCAGGUCUUCAACCCUCUUCGUCAGGUCCUCCAGAGCUACAUCACUUCUCCGGACCCGAACCUGCGCCGCGGUGGUAUGUUGGCGCUCGGCAUCUCCGUCGAGGGUUGUUCCGAGUUCAUGAUCCCGCUUAUGAGUGGCGUGUGGCCCAUCAUCGACGCCGGUCUUCAAGACGCCGACGCCAGCGUGCGCAAGGCGACAUGUAUCGCGGUUAGCUGCCUCUGCGAGUGGCUCGAGGAUGAGUGCUCUCAGCGUCACUCCGUUCUCGUACCCGCUAUCAUGCAGCUCGUCCAGGACCCGCAGACUCAGCGCCAGGCUUGCACCGCUCUCGACGGCCUUCUUGAGAUCCUCCACGACGACAUCAAGCAGUACCUCCAGCUUAUCAUGGAGCGUCUUUCCGGCCUGCUCGAGACCGCGCCUAUCCCCGUCAAGACUGUCGUGAUGGGCGCUAUCGGCUCUGCCGCCCACGCGUCGAAGGAGGGUUUCCUGCCGUACUUCCAGCCGACGAUGGAGCGCGUCAAGCACUUCCUUGUGCUCACUGGCGAGGGCGAGGAGCAGGACCUUCGCGGUAUCACCAUGGACGCCGUCGGCACGUUCUCCGAGGCGGUCGGCAAGGACGUCUUCCGCCCGUACUACAACGACCUCAUGCAGCAGGCAUUUGCUGGUAUUGAGCUUGGCUCUGCUCGUCUUCGCGAGUGCUCGUUCCUCUUCUUUGGCGUCAUGGCCCGCGUCUACGGUGAUGAGUUCGCGCCGUGGUUGCCGAAGGUCGUACCGGCGCUCAUCGCGAGCUGUAAGCUCGAGGAGGGUGGCAAGGAGCCCAUUGGUCUCUCGAACGCUGAGGCACUUGCUGCCUUCUCUGCGUCCGGCUCCGACCCGGCAAAUGCCAUCACGGUCAUUGACGAGAACGAGCCCAUCGAGGUUGAGGACAUCGACCUCGACAAGAUGCUCGACGUCAACUCGGCUAUCGCGGUCGAGAAGGACAUCGCUGCGGACACUAUGGGCACGCUCUUUGCCGCGACGGGCAAGAGCUUCCUUCCCUACGUUGAGCAGUGCACGCUCGAGCUCAUUGAGCUCACGAAGCACUACUACGAGGGCAUCCGCAAGUCCUCGAGCGACUCGCUCCUUGAGAUCAUCCGCACCUUCUACGAGCUUUCCGAGCCCGCUGAGUGGCAGCCCGGCCCGCCUGCGACUGCGCCCGCUCUCAACCAGCACGUAGCCGACCUCAUCAGCCACAUUGUUCCUCAGCUGCUCGACAUGUACGAGACCGAGGAUAACAAGACGGUUGCUGCUGCUCUCUGCGUCGGUCUCGCGGAGACCAUCAACAAGGUUGGCCCGCGCUUCCUUGAUGGCUACCUCGAGCAGCUCUGCACCAUCACGGUACAGAUCUUGGAGCAGAAGGCGCUGUGCCAGCAGGAUCCCGACCAGGAUGACGCCGACGAGGCCCCGGAGGAGUCUGCGGAGUACGAGUCGGUGCUCAUCUCGUCCGCGCAGGACCUCGUUGCCGCCAUUGCGAACGUCCUCGGUCCCAUGUUCUCGCAGGUGUUCGCCACCUUCCUUCCGCUCAUCGGGAAGUACUAUAAAAAGAACCGCUCGCUCAGUGACCGCUCUGCCGCUAUCGGCUGCUUGGCCGAGCUCAUCGACGCACUCAAGUCGGAGGUCACCAACUGGACGGAGCCGCUGCUUGAGCUCUUCUACACCGCACUCAGCGACACGGACGCGGAGGUCCAGAGCAACGCUGCCUUCGCCACUGGUCUCCUCAUCGAGAACUCGCAGCAGGAUCUCUCGCAACAGUACCUGCCCAUUCUCAGCAAGCUGAAGCCGCUCUUCGACGUUGUUCCCACGGCCAGCCCGCCUGCGCGCUUGAGCGCGAAGGACAACGCUGCUGGCGCCGUCGCCCGUAUAAUCGUCAAGAACUCUGGGGCGCUCCCUCUCGAUCAGGUCUUGCCCAUCUUCAUCGGUGCAUUGCCACUCCGCAACGACCUCCUCGAGAACCGCCCGGUCUUCCGCGCAAUCUUCCACCUCUUCCAGACCAACGGUGCCGCGCUCGUGCCGUAUAUCGACGCUCUCCUGCAGGUCUUCGCAUACGUUCUCAACCCCGAGGUUGAGGAGCAGGUACCCGAGGAGGCCCGCGAGGAGCUUAUUCGCCUCAUCAAGGCGAUCAACCAGGAGAAGCCCGACGCCGUGCAGGCUGCCAAUCUUUCCGCGUUCGCGUAA